UAGGGUUUGUAAACACUUCAGUCAGGACGCGGCUCAUCGCCUCAAACACGAUCCGUAUGUUCCCGGGCAACCUGCAACACAGAGUGACGCCAAGUCUGUACGACUUUACCGGCAAACGACAACUGUUCAGGUAUGAAGACUCCCUUGAGCCCCACCCAGGUGAUUGAAAAUGGACAGCUGCUUCUCGUGUUCCCUGACAUGCAGCUACAGCAGGAGAAGAAGAAGGUGCUCUACUCCCUCUGUGAAGUCUGCAACAUCCAGCUACACUCGGCUGCGCAGGCACAGGUCCACUACAACGGCAAGUCACACCUCAAAAGGGUCAAACAGUUGAAUAACGGAGAGCUGCCUGCAGCGAGUGUCAGCACGGCCCCUGCUCCUCUUAGCAGUGCUAGUCAAGGAAAUUCCUGUCAUAGCAACACACUCCCCGCGUUGGUCCGGACUUCAUCUCUAAUGAUGCAGUCCACUCUGGACAUGAAGCCUUUCAUGACCUUCCCUGUGGAGAACUCCUCUCCAGUUGGCCUGUUCCCCAAUUUCAAUACGAUGGACCCUGUCCAGAAAGCCGUAAUCAACCACACAUUUGGAGUCUCCAUUCCACCCAAGAAGAAACAAGUUAUUUCCUGCAACAUCUGUCAGCUCCGCUUUAAUUCAGAUAGCCAAGCCGAGGCGCACUACAAAGGCAGUAAACAUGCCAAGAAGCUCAAAGCACAGGACUCCACGAAAAAAAAGCAGAAAAGUGCUGCCGCCCAGGACAGCAGCACAAAGACAAUCACCAACACCGCCACAACUUCCACCAUCUCCUGCACUGCAGUCACUGCCAGCAGCCCUGAGCAACCAGAGGCUGUCUAUGGAGUUAGGAUGAAAAAAAGGUGCAUUUCAAACUGUUCUGAGACCAGUGCAGACAGACAGCACACUGGAGAGAAAAAUGGAGAGCCAUUGGCAGCACACAAAGUCCCUGCCUCCCCACAAGCCUUUGUGCCAGCUCCCACUGCGCCCGUUGUGGCAUUAGUGCCUAGCCCUUGCAAGACAGCACCCACGCAUGUCAGCCCAUCCACUGAGCCGGCAGGGCACGCCGCGACCCUGAAAAACACCUCCAAACCAGCGUCAGUGCCAACGACCCUGUCAGAGCCCAGCGUGGAGUCUGAGGAAGAGAAAGCAAAGAAGCUCCUGUACUGCUCGCUGUGCAAAGUGGCUGUCAACUCUCUCUCACAGCUGGAGGCGCACAACACAGGUUCAAAGCACAAAACUAUGCUGGAAGCACGAAAUGGAGCUGGCCCCAUUAAGGCCUACCCCAGACCAGGGUCCAAACUCAAAGUGCAGGCCACACAAAUUAACAAAGGCUCAGGCUUACAAAACAAGACGUUUCAUUGUGAAAUCUGUGAUGUCCAUGUCAACUCAGAAAUCCAACUUAAACAGCAUAUCUCCAGCAGGCGACAUAAGGACAGAGUGGCUGGCAAACCCACAAAACCCAAGUACAGCCCGUAUAACAAGCAGCAACGGAGCUCCAACUCUCUGGCAGCAAAACUCGCCCUGCAGAACGACUUGGUGAAGCCCAUUUCAUCGGCGUUCCUCCCCACACCCUUCUCACCCACCACAGUCCCCUCCAUCUCCCUCCACCCUCGUCCUAGCACCUCCAUCUUUCAGACGGCCACACUUCCACCCUCCUUUCUGCGCGCUGCUCCGGGACCGAUUCGACACACCGCAGGCUCCAUCCUAUUUGCGCCUUACUGAGCCCUCACGCCGCAUGGACGUGACCGACCAUGUUGGAACAGAUGUUUCUCAAGCUAUGCCAUGCUACACGCUGUUCAACGAACUGCAGAUCUUAAAAUAAUUGUGUAUUUAUUGAAACUUUAUCCUCAACUGUCCUCACGAUCAGAAACCCAGGAAGGAUGUCGUCUUAGUGAGGGCUUUUUACAUUUGAAAAGAAAAAAAAAGACAAAAAAGAAAAGAAAAAGUGUUGAACUGCUUCCUGAAAGACUUGAAUUAUCAUGGUCUUCCUUUUCAACUGAACCAACAACUCUGGACAAGCACAUGCCAUUAGGCAAAGGUUCUCAAUCUAGGAGUCGCAACCCUGCAUGGGAUCAUGCAAGUUUUUUAUGAUUCUAUUUUUGGUUUAUUAAGACAUUUAAUAACAUAUUAAAGGAACUGUUAGUGAUUUUUUUUUUCAUGAAAUGACACACAAGAAAACGUCCUUAUUACCUGUCAGAUUUAACUGAAAUAGGUGCCCUGAAAUACCACACCUGUUUCUGUAACAGCCCUAGGCUCUGUAAACAGCCAGAUUCUUUGUUUAGCCAAUCAGAAAACUUUGAAGCACUUUCUGCCUGUCAACCAUUCUGCAUGUUCACAGGACAGCCCAUAUAUGGGCAGCAGGAAGCUGAGAGCUUGUCUUUGGUGGUGGGGUUUUGGAAAGGGGGGUGUGUCUAAUUUAAUGGCUUAGUCUUGUGGAAGUUCCAGAACAGCUAAAAUCGCUUACAGCACUAUUAAGUAAAUAUGAAUUCAUUAAUAAUUAAUUUGAUUGUUUUAAUAUUUUUAGUUUUUACUCAUAUUAAAUAAAAAUAAUAUUUUUAAUAAAAAAAGAUAAUUAUUAUUUAAUAUUAGUAUUAUUAGUAUUAUUUUGAUAGCCUAGGCUGGACCUAUAAAUAAAAUAUGCAGCUUCUCUUGUACUUAAAUUAUUAUGUGAAAUGUGAGCUACACCUUGACCCGGAUGCAAAGGUGAAUCCAGUGUAUCUACUCCUGUGCAUCCCUGAAGGGAUUUAAGUUUGCCGCAAAAGCGAAUACAAAGAAGUGUCACUGGGCUCCCUAAAACUGCUUAUACUAUUCAUUAGAACUUACCUGCAUUUUUUUUUUUUUUUCAUCCAAGUUGGAUAUAACAGCAGAGAGUGAAAGCUUCAGCACGACACACAAGCCCAGCCCUCUCAAUAGACAGGGUAGACAUUUGAUGUAGUUAUUGUUGCAGAAUCAAUAACAAUAAAAUUGACCAAAUGAUUAAAUAGUUAAAAGAGUUUUGGAAAAUAAAAAAUGGGUCGCGACCCAAAAAAGGUUGAGAACCCCUGCCAUAAUGCCUUGUCAAAAACAAUCCCAAAUCUUACCAUAGGACAAUAUGUGUUCAGUCAAUGGCUUGAUGUUGUCAGGGAGUCUAUGAUGCAGUUUUGGCCUAUGUGCUGUCUUGUAUUGUGUAGUCAAUAAGCUCAUCCAUCAGUACUUGAGUGCUGUUUUCCUCCUUUUAUCUGCCAGGAAUCAGCAUUUCUCUUUUCAUCAUGUGUUUUGGUUCCUCUCUUUGUCAUAUAAGUAGAUUUAGUCUGUUUUUAUCAUGAAACACUCUUUUCUGCAAUAGGAAAACUGUGGGCCUUUCAUCGUCUGUGAUAUCCUUAUUUGUCACGAGACUGUACUAAUGUGCAGCUCUCUGGUGAUGCAAUAAUGUAUAGAUCAUUCAAUAUUGAUAUUCUUCAUAGUGUAUUUAAUGUUUACCUACCAGGUUGCAAUACUAGUUGUAUUUUAUGAGCUGGAAGGGGUACGUUAUUUGGUACAUUAUUUUUAGAGAGAGAGAAAUUUCCAUUCACUGAAAGUUCUUUAUUUGGCUGUGGAAUUUCUUAGUCCAUAGUAUAUAUGUUUGUAUGUUUGAGAGUCUGUACAUAAAGAUACUACAUUUUCAAUAAAAUAAUAUAUUUAAUUGAUUUCUUCCAAAA